CGAUGGCGACCUCCUCCUCUUCCCUCUCCCAUGCCAAGCGCGGCCGCGCCGUCGCUGUGGCUGCCGCCUCGUCCGCUGCCGCCCUCCUCUCCUUCUUCCUCCUCGUCGUCGUCCUCGUCCCCCAGCAUGCUCUCAACUCUCCAAUCUCCCUCUCCUCGGAUCUCUCCGUCCCCCCGUCCCCUCCGCUUCCGCCACCCCAAGCAGCGGCCUUGAUGCGAGUAGCCGCGGAGAAACCAGUUUCCGAGGCUGAAGCUCCCGGCGGGCGAGAUCUCUCUAUGCCCCCGUCACCUUCACCUUCACCUUGGCCGCCCUCCGAGACACCCGUAGCCGCGGUCUUGGCGCAAGAGCCGGCGGCAGCGCCUCCUCCCGAGAGCCGGGAGCGGAGGUGCGACCUUUACCAGGGAAGGUGGGAGAGAGAUGAGGAGGGGCAAUACCCACUCUACCACCCCGGUUCUUGUCCGUACGUGGACGAGGCUUUCAGCUGCCAGGAGAACGGAAGGCGGGAUCUCGGGUACCUGAGAUGGAGGUGGAAGCCUCACGGUUGUGAUCUCCCAAGGUUUAAUGGAACAGACUUUUUGGAGAGAAUUCGAGGCAAAAGGUUGAUAUUUAUCGGAGAUUCCAUGAACCGCAACCAGUUUGAAUCAAUGUUGUGUCUCUUACGAGAAGCCCUGCCUGAUAAGAGCAAAAUGUAUGAGACACGAGGUUACAAAAUAACCAAAGGACGUGGCUACUUCAUCUUCAAAUUUGUGGACUAUAACUGUACAGUGGAGUUUGUUCGAUCCCAUUUUCUUGUUAGAGAAGGAACACGAGUCAAUGGACAGGGCAAUUCAAACCAAGUUCUUAUGAUCGAUCGCAUCGACAAGUCAGCUAACCGUUGGAGAAGAGCUGACAUACUUGUCUUUAACACCGGUCAUUGGUGGACACAUGGGAAAACAGCAAGAGGGAAGAACUACUAUCAAGAAGGUGAUGUUGUCUAUCCAAAACUUGAUGCAAUUGAAGCUUAUAGGAAAGCCAUGAAUACUUGGGGAACAUGGAUUGACAACAAUGUGGACCCUGCAAAAAGCUUGAUAUUUUACCGUGGUUACUCUGCUGCUCAUUUUAGAGGUGGAGACUGGGACUCUGGUGGCACCUGCAAUGGGGAGACAGAUCCUAUCAAAACUGGAGCAUUUUUAGAAAGUUAUCCAUCGAAGAUGAAAAUAGUAGAUGAGGUUAUUAAUAGAUUGCAUGUUCCAGUUGUUCUCUUGAAUGUGACAAAGCUGACCAACUACCGUAAGGAUGGCCACCCAUCUAUUUAUGGCAAGAAGCUGGCUGAAGGGGAGAAGGUGUCCAAGAGGCGGCAGGAUUGCAGCCAUUGGUGUGUUCCUGGGAUUCCUGAUUCAUGGAAUGAGUUGAUCUACGCCUCGCUUGUCCUCAAACAACAUCAUCCACAGUCAUUGAGGUAGAAGAUGGUUUGUGAGCUGAGACAUGACUGUAUUUACCCGGCAUGAUUAGUCUUGGGAGUUUAAAUGCCCACAUUGAGGCAAGAAAAUGGAUCUACAUGUUCUCUUGCUGAUCGAAAUGGAACUUUAAGGGGACCAAUUGUUAUUGA